AUGGUCUUCCUCAACAUGGGCGGUCCGUCGACACUCGAUGAAGUGGAAGAUUUUCUCAGCAGGCUAUUUGCAGACGGUGACCUGAUCCCUCUCGGGCGCUUGCAAAGCUACCUCGGCCCCCUCAUCUCGAAGCGCCGGACGCCCAAGAUCCAACAACAAUACGCCGCGAUAGGUGGUGGCUCACCAAUCCGUAAAUGGUCAGAAUACCAAUGCGCUGAGAUGUGCAAGAUCCUGGACCGCAUCUCGCCCGAGACGGCGCCGCACAAACCGUACGUGGCGUUCCGGUACGCAAACCCGUUGACGGAGCACACGUACCGGCAGCUGCUGGCCGACGGGUUCGGCAACGGGCGCGGUGGGCGCGCUGUCGCCUUCACCCAGUACCCUCAGUACUCCUGCUCGACGACUGGCAGCAGCCUGAACGAGUUGUGGAAGUGGCGCCAGCGGCUGGAGGGCAAGUCCGGCAAGUUGACGGAGGACGGACAUGACGGCACCAUUCAGUGGAGCGUCAUUGACCGCUGGCCAGUCCAUCCUGGCUUGAUCGAGGCGUUUGCCCAGAACAUUGAGGCGAAGCUGGCGGAGUAUCCGGAGGAGAGGAGAAACAAGGUUGUGUUGCUGUUCUCAGCACACAGCUUGCCCAUGUCGGUGGUAAAUAGGGGUGACCCCUACCCCGCCGAGGUAGCAGCAACAGUGCACGCGGUGAUGAACCGCCUGAACCACGUCAACCCGUAUCGACUGUGCUGGCAGUCCCAGGUAGGCCCCCAGCCGUGGCUCGGGCCGCAGACAUCGACGACGGUGGAGGAUUACAUCGCCAAGGGGCAGACAGACCUGUUGUUGAUCCCGAUUGCGUUCACAUCGGACCACAUCGAGACGCUGUACGAGCUGGACGAGGAGAUCAUCGGCAAGUCGGGCCAUGCGGACACGGUCAAGCGUGUGGAGAGCCUCAAUGGCAACCCUGUCUUUAUCCAGGCGCUGGCCGACCUGGCAAAGCAGCACCUCCAGAGCCGGAUGCCCUGCUCGACGCAGAUGGGGCUGAGGUGUCCUGGCUGCAAGAGUGAGCGGUGUGCCGAGUCGAAGAAGUUUUUUGCUAGACAGCAGGUAUAA